AAUUGACUUACGUGUGAGCGUUUCACUUAAACUCCGAAGAAAACUUAAAGUAUUGAAAUGUAUUGCAGUUGAAAGUAACUAUAAUUACAUGAAUGCCAGAGUUGCACAAGCUUCGAUACCAAUAAGAGGCAGGACAAGAAUACUUAACCCGACAGUUUCUGUUUUAUGGAGACCGGUUCUCAACACUCCUAGGUGUCAGUAGUCUCAACAAGUGGUCGUAACAGGUCUCCUUAACCAUAUUUGCUGAUAAGUAAUAACUGUCGAUAAAACGUGCAUAUAAUGGCCGAGUUGAAGCACGAUGAAAGAAUUUCGACUACAAAAUCUCUUCUGAUGUAUCUUGUCAGGAUGGGUAGUUUUACUUCGACUCCAAAGAUCCUGAACGAAGACAGGGCGGACAGUGAUUUGGAUAUAAGAGAAAAAGUUACCCGGGAAGAGUUGAUGCUGAAGUGUAAAGAAGAGUUAUCACAUCUACCUCUACAAAUUAAACGUUCAUUUCAUUAUCUACAAGGACUUCCCGCCCCCGAAGAAUCGACAGUGGACGGUGUGAAACCACGUGACCCGGAAUCUAUUCGUAUUAUGCAAUGGAAUGUAUUAUCACAAUCUCUAGGAGAAAAAAACGAUAACUUUGUUGCCUGUCCGAAAGAAGCAUUGUAUUGGAAGAGUCGGCGCUGGAGGAUGUUAGAAGAAAUUCUCACUUAUGAGGCCGACAUCCUGUGCUUUCAGGAAGUGGACCAUUUUAACUUCCUUAAGAAAACGUUGGAAGCGAUAGAUUUUGCCGGGACAUUCUUCCCGAAGCCUGACUCUCCGUGCUACUACAUUAAAGGUAACAACGGCCCAGAUGGUUGUGCGAUAUUUUAUGAUACUAAUAAGUUUGACUUGUUGAAAACCGAGAUUCGUAUUCUAGAAAUCUGUUCAUGUCAGUCCAAUCAGGUAAUGAUUUUGUGCAUUUUUCGGCGAAAAUCAGAUGGACAAGAGUUUUGUGUAGCGACUACGCAUCUCAAAGCUCGCCAGGGAGUGUUAUUAUCUUCAGUAAGAAAUGAACAAGGAAAGGACUUGCUAGAAUUUAUCAGGUUACACCAUGACCAGCGGCCAGUUAUUAUCACUGGUGAUUUCAACGCCGAACCAUCGGAACCAGUGUACAGUACAUUAACAACGUGCGCUGAGCUCAAGCUAGACAGUGCCUAUGCAUAUCUCAGUAAUCAGCACGCGGAGCCACCUUACACCACUUGGAAGAUCAGAGAAGAGGGGGAAGUCUGUCACACUCUAGAUUACAUAUUUUUCAGUAAGGACACCAUGGAGCUACAGUCCUUAUUAGUCUUCCCAUGUGGCGAAGACAUUGGUGAGGAUCGUGUCCCAUCUUAUCGCUAUUCAUCCGAUCACUUUUCUCUAGUCUGUGACUUCCGUUUUAAGUAAUACUUGUACAGUAUGUAAUGCUCUGUUAAUAAAGGCCCUCCAUCUGAUAGCUAGAUCUAAUUGAAGUACCAAAAACACAGAAUGCUAGGCUGACAACAGAAAGCCGAUACUCACGUGUCCCAAAAGCGAGUUAACCUGCGUACACAAUAACGAUUACAAGACUCAGUGUUAACAGGAGAGCAAAGACUAACGGUAUUACAGAUAUAAUUAAAAAACGAAACUGAUCGAGAAAAUCGGGUCUCCUUGUGGUUUUUAAAACAAUUUUUCAACACCUGUAGAUAUUUUAAUUCUUAAUCUUUCCAUGUAUUCGUAAUCUUGUGAAAAGAGGUCAGUAGGGUUAUCUGUUACUGUAGUGAUAAUGAAAGAUGACAGUUUGCCCCCAAAAAGAAACAUCAGCCUUUCAAAAGCGUUCGGAUAAUAGAGUAUCCUAUUUUUGUGACCCCUCAUUUGCGUUAGGUUAUUUUCGUGCCAUCGUCACUCGUUAUAAUGAGUCAAAAUAUUCUUGUUUAUUAGCUUUUUUUUUUGUAAAGUUAACAAACAUUUAAUGAUCCGUCAACGUGCUGUUGAUCUUGUUUCUUAAACUGUUCAUUUAUACUUUGCUUUCUGUUAUACUUGAUUUAUUACCAACUUUUUUUUAAAUAGAAGAAUUACAUCUGAAAGCACAUAAAAUUUUCAAAAAACCUGCUAGGUUAGACAGUUUAACUUGUGUUUACACUUCCAAGAAAAACGAGAAUUACAAUCCUAACGUGUUAGUGUAAGCUUUAUGAGAGUUUUUCUGUGAAAAUGGUUUCGCAAUUAGUACAAAAAUAAACUUUUAAAUACAGCCUUUUUUACAACCACCAGGCCACUUCAAGUCAAAACGAGCUUGGCGUGAUUUAGUGAACAGUAGACCGGGCUGUGUAUUAUACGAUCCACUGUUUUCAUCCCAUUAUCAUAAAAAAAAAAAAAUCGCGUUACGCACGUUGAGGCCAUGACUGCUUUACGAGAGUGACAGUCAGAUCCCGUUAUCCGGUCUGAUAAGAGUAAUCCAAUUAUUACUGUUGUUAUUAAGAACUAGAACGUUUGACUGUUAAUAAACCCAUACAGCCACAACCAAAGAAUAUUAACUUUUGGUAAUCUAAUCAGCUUGUACAAAUAAAAUUUGUCGAAGUAUUAUAAAUUCGUAGAAACAAAAAAAAAAAA